AUGAUUUUUAAUAUUUUUAAGAAUAUUGUAAAAAAUGGAAAUAUUAUAAGUAGGAAAAAGCCCAUUUUUGAAAAUCAUGUGAGAUAUAUGAAAAAUAAAAGAAGAGGGCUAAAGGAACAACCAAGAAAGAAACCUUUAGAUAUAGAAAAAAAAAUUAAAAAUCCUGAUAAAUAUGAAGAGAAAAUGCAUUUUGAUAAUCUUUGUAAAGGUGAAUUGUAUUUACCUGAAUCAUGUAAGGCAAGAAAAUUAGCUAUGUUGUGUAAUCGUUUAUUUUAUUUUAAUAUAAAUGAUGAAGAAUUAUUAGAAAGAUAUGCUCAAAGAGCUAUUGUUAUAGCUAAUAGUAUGGGUACUAAAGAAAUUUCCUUAAUAUUAAAUACAAUGAGAAAAUUUAAUCAUAAAAAUGAAAAAUUAUUAGAAACAUUUGCUAAAUAUAUACCGAGUAAACUCUAUAAAGGAGUUCCACAAGAUAUAUCUUUAAUAUUAAAUGCAUAUGCUCAUUUUAAUUAUAUUGACAAAAAUUUAUUUAAUAGAAUAUGUGAAGAAAUACCUCAUAAAAUUCCAUAUUUUGAACAUAAUCACAUAUCAAGUGUUAUUAAUGCAUUUUACAAAUUAAAAAUAAAAGACAAAAUUAUUAUAGAUGAUAUGGCUGAUGAGAUAAUUGAACGAAUUAAUGAAUUUGAUACAAAAUCUUUAACAAAUAUUAUUAAUUCCUUUUCGAAAUUAAACUAUAAAAAUGAAAAUAAGAAAAUAAUAUGGGAAAAAUUUAUUGAAGCGGUAAAAAAUUUAAAUAAAGAAUUCAACUUUUUAGAAGUUGUGUUAAUCACUAAUGCGUUUUGUAAAAAAAAAAUGAAAAAUAAAAAUAUUUAUAGCUUUUUAAAAGAAAUUUUAAUUUAUCACAUUUUUGAAAGAAAAUCAUUAAAUUCCAAUAAUGCUUUUCUGCUUUGUACAGCUGCUCACUCUUUUGCUUGUAUCAAAUUUUAUUCUAAAGAAUUAUUCGAUUUUAUUAUUUCAUAUUUUUCCGAUGAAAACAACUAUAUAUCAUUAGAUACUCAACACUUUUCUCAAUUAAUUUAUCCAUGUUCAGUGUUUAAUAUAAAAAAUCCACUAUUUGUUGAUGUUUUUAUUAAAAUGUCAUGUAAAAAAAUAGAAAAUAAAGAAUUAAAUGAACAGACAAUAUCUACCAUUGCAUAUUCAUUAGCUAAAUUAAACAUAAGGGAUACAAAUUUUUUUGUUUUAUUAUCUUCUUAUAUUAUUAAGGAAAAAAUAAAUUUAUCUACUCAAAGCUUAAGUUUAAUUUGUUAUAGCUAUUCUAAAUUAAAAAUAAAAUCAGAAAUUUUAUUUUACUUUUUAUCUAUUCAAAUAUUUCAAAGUAUGAAUAUGCUAACUAAGCAAGGUUUAUCUAUUAUUUUAAACUCUUACGCUAAUUUAAAAAUUUUUAAUGUAAAAUUGUUUACCUUAAUUAAUAAAUAUUUGAAUCUUUAUGCAGACAACUUUACAAAUGAGGAAUGCCUAUUAAUUUGUAAAAAUUAUGAAAAUGCAUUAAAAAACAUGAAUGAUGAAAUACAAAAUAAAAACAGUGACAAAAAUGUAGUUACUAGAAUAUCUAAUACAAAAAAAGAAUUAAGUAGUUUUGUUAACACUUUAAAAGAAAAAAUAGAAUAUUUUAAAAAACAUGGUGAUUUAAGAUCAAAUAUUUCUUUAAAAGAUGAUGACCAUUUUUCUUGGAAAAAUAAAAUUCAUAAAAAUCACAAAACUGAAGGAGAAGAAAAAGUAGAAGAUGAAAUGGAUGAAGAAAAUGAGGAAAAUUUUUUUUCUAUUUUUAAUCAAAAUGAUAUUAUUACUGAUGAACCAAAAGAUAAAAGUGAAGAAUUUAACUAUUUGAUAAAUUCAGAUAAAUUAUCGGAUACAUUUGAUGAUACCCAAGAUGUUAAGAAAAAAGAAGAUACUUUAAAAAUUUAUGAAAAAAUGUUUUUAAAUAAUGUAGAAAACACCGAUAAUAAGAAAAUUUCUUUAAUGAAUGAAGAAUUGAAUAAAAAUCUUCAUUCUAUUUUAGAUAAUGAAAGUAAAAAAAUAGAUAAAAACAAAAUAUCUGAAAAUAGAAGUGCAAAGAGUUUAAUUGAAUUAAUGACUUCCAAUAAGCCACCAAUAAUAAAUUAUGAUAAAGAAAAUUUGAUAAAAUCAGCUGAACAAAUAGAAACAGAAUUUAUAAAAGCUUACAUAAAUGAAAAAAAUGAAUCUAAUGAUAAUAAUAAAAUUGGAAGAAGUUCAAAAAGAAGAAAAAAAAAAGUUGAUAAAAUUUUGUCUAAAAAAUAUGAACCUAUAGAAGAUAUUAAUACUUUGCAAAAAAAAUGGAAUAAUUUUUAUGAAAAAUGA